AAAAACAAGAAAAAUAAAUAACUGCCAAAAUUAAAAUUAAGAAUAAAAAACGCGUUUUACUUAAAACACUCUCCUCCUUUUCCUUUUCCUUCUCUAUCGCUCUCUCUAUAAACUUUUCUUCCAACUCACACUUUUGGAUCUCUCUCUAGGGUUCGUGAAUCGUGUGAUCUCCUUCUUCCUCCUCCUCCUCUUACGACUUUUUUUUUUCAUAAUUCGAAGAAAGAGGAGAUCAAGAAGAAGAACAAUGAGCCAGUACAAUCAACCUCCCGUUGGUGUUCCUCCUCCCCAAGGUUAUCCACCUGAGGGAUAUCCAGCACCGAAAGAUGCUUAUCCACCACAAGGAUAUCCUCCUCAGCAAGGUUAUCCCCCUCAGGGAUAUCCACCUCAGGGAUAUCCUCCUCAACAAGGCUAUCCUCCUCAGCAAGGCUAUCCUCCACCGUACGCUCCACAGUACCCUCCUCCACCGCAGCAUCACCAACAACAGAACAACAGUCCUGGCUUUCUUGAAGGAUGUAUUGCUGCUCUGUGCUGUUGUUGUCUCUUGGAUGCUUGCUUCUGAUUGUGGAGUCUCUCUACAUUAUUAAAAGCUUCUUCGGGAUUUGAUUGUAAGAGGGUUUUUUUGGUUAAACAAAUAAACCCUUUUAAUUGAUUUGUGGGCAUUUAAAAAAAAAUUGGAUCUCUCGAUGAUUCUCUUUCCUUUAUGUUUUAUGUUCUUCGGUUCAUAACAUUAACUAUUCGUCUCUUUGACGUUCUGGCUUUGUUUGUUUGUUUUUUUUUUUUACAAUGGGAAUGUAAAUUGGUGGGGAGACACUAUUCUAUGCCAUAGUUUAAUUGCUUUUAGAAGAAAAAAA